AUGGUGUGCUUGGUGAAGUACACUUUAACGUCGCGUGCGGGCGGAGACGUGUGAAGUGGAGAGACUUGAAACAUGAGACAAUUCAGCUCAUCAGUCAGCUUCAAGACUUUGCUGCUCAUCAUUUGGCGAGUGUGCAACGUCCUCAUGUGCUUAUUCUUUGGCCUUGCAACUUACGUGCAGAUCAACGACCCGGACGCUGCCUUGUGGAUGGUCGGUUAUGGCGUCCCUGCACUCCUCUGUGCACUCAUUGGCCUCCAACACCAAGUGACUGAGACGUUGCCAUGGAGACGCGUAGCUGACCUCCACAUGACGAUGUGCUGCGGAGUCGUUGUGAUGAUGGGAUGGAAACUUUAUAAAGAGAACCCGGUAGAUAUCUUCCAGCAGGAGGAGGGCAGAGAGAUUUCUGGUCUCAUGUUGACAGUGGUGUGGCUUCUCCUGUGUCGCCACUCUGGAAGGUCCACGGUGGGGAAGCUGAGAGUCUCUGCAGGUGUCCUCAUCACCAUCUUUCCCUUUGUGUGUUGGUAUCACGUACACAACAAGAACAGGUCCGACUGGCCAACGCACUGCAGAACUGCAAUUUAAGAGCAAAUUCAAAGGAAGACUUUGGCUGCUGUUUGACUGACAAUCGUAGACCAAUAAGACCAAUAAGACUGUUUGAUGAAAACAAGCAACUUUGACAGUUUGCAUUAGAUUUUGUGCUGUGUUAUAAUUUUUU